CUGGCGGCUGUGCUGCUGCUGGGUAUCUCCACAAUGUCCAGAUCGAAGGGCCUGGGGGGCCAGAAGCAUCAGAGGGCGUCGCAAAUCCCUUCUCAGUUCAGCCAAGGCGAGCGCGUUGCGAUGAAGGAAGCGCUGAAAGAACCGACUGCAUCUGUCGCCAGCCGUUUCCAUUGCGGGAGAAUGGAACCAUGGAUAGAGACUCCUCAUUCCCUUCAUAUCUGGGAUAUGUCUCAGUCACACACACUCAGUCUCUGAGGAUUUCCCAACCCCCAAAGCAGUACUUACUGAUGGGGUUUUGGGGUGAUAGUGGGAUGGCCUGGAGCCAAUGACCCAGGAAGAAUUCUUGAAGACGUCUUUGGUGCACAAAAGCAAUUUUAUUAAAGCACAGGGAUAGGACCCAUGGACAGGAAGAGCUGCACUGGGGUUGUGACAGGUGCCAUCCACAUUCCAACAGUGUCUUUUGGCCCCAAGGAGUUAAACACAACAGCCCUGGCCGAGUUUGGAGAAUACAUUCAUUCAGUCUUUCCUACAGUUUUCAAAACCAGCUUUGUCCAGCAUGAAGUCAUAGGAGAGUACAGUCACCUGUUCACCGUCCAAGGCUCAGAUCCCAGCCUGCAGCCCUACAUGCUUCUGGCUCACAGUGAUGUGGUGCCUGCCCCUGACGAAGGAUGGGAGGUGCCCCCCUUCUCUGGGUUGGAGCGUGAUGGCUUUAUCCAUGGCCGAGGCACACUGGACAACAAGAACUCUGUAAUGGCAAUCCUGCAGGCCCUGGAGCUCCUGCUGCUCAGAAACUACAUCCCCCGAAGAUCUUUCUUCAUUGCUCUGGGCCAUGAUGAGGAGAUCUCAGGCCACAAUGGGGCUCAGAAGAUUUCAGCCCUGCUACAGGCAAGGGGUGUCCAGCUGGCCUUCAUUGUGGACGAGGGUAACUUCAUCUUGGAUGGUUUCAUUCCCAACCUCAAGAAGCCCUUUGCCAUCAUUGCAGUCACAGAGAAGGGUGCAAUUGAUCUCAUGCUGCAAGUAAACAUGACUCCAGGCCACUCUUCAGCUCCUCCAAAGGAGACGAGCAUUGGUAUCCUCGCAGCCGCCGUCAGCCGACUGGAGCAGACACCAAUGCCGAACAUGUUUGGAAGCGGACUACUGAAAAUGACAUUGCAGGAACUGGCACAUGAGUUUCCCUUCCCUACCAAUAUAAUCUUGAGCAACCUGUGGCUAUUUGGGCCCCUUGUAAGCAGGUUAAUGGAGAGGAAUUACAUAACCAAUGCACUGGUCACGACCACCACGGCACUCACCAUGUUCAAUGCAGGAGUCAAGGUGAAUGUCAUCCCCCCGGUGGCCCAGGCCAUAAUCAACUUCCGGGUUGACCCUGCACAGACAGUCCAGGAGGUCCUAGAACUCGUCAAGAACAUUGUGGCUGACAGCAGGGUCCAGUUCCACGUGUUGAGUGCCAUUGACCCCCCACCUGUCAGCCCCUCUGACCAUCAGGCCUUGGGCUACCAGCUGCUCCGCCAGACCAUACGGUCUGUCUUCCCGGAAGUCAACAUUGUUGCCCCAGGCAUUUGUAUCGGCAACACAGACAGCAGACACUAUACAAACCUCACCACCGGCAUCUACCGGUUCAACCCCCUCUACCUGAAUCCUCAGAGCUUCCGGAGCAUCCACGGCAUCAAUGAGAAAAUCUCAGUCCGCGCCUACGAGACCCAGGUGAAAUUCAUCUUUGAGUUUAUCCAGAAUGCUGACACAGACCAGGAGCCAGUUCCUCACCUGCACGAACUGUGAGGUCAAGGAGCCAGCUGGAUUAGGGGUGCCCGACCUCAGCCGAGGCUAACUCAAGGGCAAAGCUAAUGUCGAUGAAACUUUGGGUCAAAACCACAUUAUGAUACAUCACCCUCUUGCCUUGAUCACCCCGGAUUCACCAAAGAACAGGCCAAGGAGUAGGGAAGGGCCAGCAGAAAUCUGGCUUCUCCCUUCCUCUGAACAUCUGCAUCCCUAGGCUGACCAGUGCUUACUGCCUUCUUGUCCCCGUCUUAGAGGUUACCCGGCUUGUUUGUCUUGCGCUGGUUAUUUAACCACCCCUUAUUAAGGCCAGACUUAACAAAUGCAGAUUUGGGAAAAUCUCAAGCAGGUUUUACCUUCUAGAGAUGUUUAAUUUAGGGCAUGCUGGCCAGGCUGCCUUCUCCGUUGCUUAUCUAUUUCUUUUUGCUGUAACUUCCUUUCUCUCCCCGCACCUCCCUUGGAUUUUUUAGCUGGCUUUUCAUCUCUCCUCUCCUGCCCCUGCAUCCCUUCUCCUCCAAUUUAUCCUACAUCUGGAGCAGAACUUAGUCAAACUGUGAUACCACUGUAAUCACUACAACAACUAGUCAAAUAACGUGAGCUAUGCGGCAUGAAGUGGUCGCCGAGGGGUGGCACUGAGGCAGGGGGGCCUUGGAGGAACCCCCAGCCUCCCGGUUCUGGAGGCUGGAGCCUGGAGAAAAAAGCCUCUGUCCUUGGGCUCCUCCAAAGGGCUCCCUGGGCUUUGCUCCCUCCCUUGCCCUGUUCCCACCACCUGCUUCUGCCUCACCCCGGGAGGCACUAAUCUGUGGAAACAUUUCCCUGGCACUUCCUAUGGGCUGAGCUCCCAAGAGAAGGGCACUCGUGAUCCCGCCUCUCAGUGGAGCCCAGGACCAGCAGGGCUCCGGCCCUGGCAUCUGGUCCUGGUUCUGACCUGUCAAAGGGAAGGUGAAGGGCAUGGGGUGGGGGGGGGGGGGGAGCCAGGAGGAGCCUGACUUGAGGGUCUCUGCCCCAGGCGGCCGGGCAGAGAAGGAGCAAGCUGCACUCCCUUAGGGAACAGCAGGGCUCCUGUCUUCUCUCUGCGGAGUCCGACCCUGAGCAUAUUUGAAUCUGCUUAGUAGCUGCCAGGUAGGGGGCACUGGAAGGCAGCAUUUCUUGGCUCCAAGCCGGGAGCUGAGUUUUGUGGGUCACUAGGGAGUUGGGGUCAGAGAGCGAGACGCAGAGGGAGCAGGGACUUGAGAGACUCCAUUUUUCCUCACCAGACAAAGACCUUUCCCGCCUUCCUGGGGUUUGACAGCCGUGGGCUCUUUUUCCCUCCUCACACUCCCCGGCCCCCGGUUCCUCACCUCCCUCCCAUGGCUGUGAGCUCUCCCUUGAAGUUUAGGCUUAAUGGAAAGUGUUAGAAACACAGUGUGAGGAUUAUUUGAGCUUUUUUGCUACUCCCCCUAAGAUUCACAUUCCUUCCCUCACCCUCCCUUUUUGUUGCCAAUUCAGUACUUAUUCAGCCUUUGUUGGAGGGUGAGCUGAAGAACAGAAAUAAUCCUUCACAUUCGUACAGAGCUGUACAAAGUGCUGUCGUCCACCUGAUUUCGGCAGAGCCCCGUGAGGAAAAUAUUACUGCCCCUUCUUACAGAGCAGGAAUUGGUUCUCAGACCAGUUACACAGCCAGCUAGGGGCAGAUUCAAACCCGUGUCACCUGGCCCCAGAUGCACCAUUUUUCCAUGAUCCUAAAUUAAUGAUGGAAUCUACUUCCCAUCCGUUAUCUGACUCAAUCCCGACAACAGCUCCAAGGGGCUAUUGCCCCUGUUUUACAGAUGAGGCAACUGAGACUCCGAGGUUAAGCACUUUGCCCAAGGUCAUGCAGGUGUUGGGAGCAGAGUCUCUCUGAGUCCAAAGCCUGUGCUAGUAGUACUGAAGGGGAAACUGAGACUCAUCUGAGAAGUCAUCUGCCCAAGAUCACACAGUUCUUAAGGGGCAGCCGUGGAAUUCAAAUGCCAGUCUAAAAUCCCCAAGUCCAGUGCCUUUUCAAUCGCACCACAUUGCCCGUCCCAAGAACCUGUGGUGUGUGGCUCAUUCAUUCCGAUCCAGGGAGAUCUCAAGGACAAAGGCUGUUUUACCAUCGGCUUUGAUUCGUAGCUCAAGCUCUCUGUGUUCCCCUGGCCGACCUCACUCUAUUCACACCUCUUCCCUCCGUCUGCCAACACUCCUUACCGCCCCCACCCCAGCUUCUGAGUUGGGCUCCUCUCCCUUCUUUGAGUUUAGGGACAGCUAGGUCUCUAAUAACCCAUGGGAUAAUUGGAAGGAGAAUGAGCAGGGGACCUGGUCCCCAUUGGAUCGCACCAUUCUCUUCUAGUGUCAGAAAGGAUAGUCUUUUCCAGCGCCUGGAGUGGGAAGGAAGACCGUUGAGAGGGAACUGCUCCAAAUCCUGGUUCUGAGAACGCAAACCUUCCAGCCCUAUGGCCCCCAAAGGCUCUGGAAAGAAUGAAAAUGCUGGCCAGACCAGGACAACGUGAGCUCUAAGACUCUGGGCAGGAAGGAGCAAUGAAUCUGAAACUUUCCCCCACCCCUCCCCACAUCCAUCUACCACUCCCGAAAUCCUCCUGGAAGGAACCUCGGCGAUAAUCACAGGAAUACCCUACGUCCCCAUCCAAGACUUCACUCAAGCUUCUUACUCAUACCUCAGGUUGGAAAGAAGGCAAAAUCUUCCCAAGCAAAGAGGAUGGGAUGGGAGUCCCUUGAUGUUGCCCCAGGUUGCUAAAAAAUGUGGCCAUUCUGGAUCCAAUAUUCUCUCCUUCUGGAGGAGAUAGUAGAAAAAGACAAAGUUCCUGCUGGAGAACUGAACACUUCAUUAGUCUGUUUGGGUUUUUUUUGAAAAUUUAAAUCCACAUAAUUUUAUAAAAAUGAAACUACCUGCAAUUUCAGGGUUCAGUGUCCAUGCAGCUGCCAAUAAAAAGGAUAAGCAUCAUGCUUCA